CAGGUAGCCGCCGGUAUUUCCGUCGCGUAUCCCGCGUGGAAAUAGAAUUCGCGCGGAGGGGGCGUUUGUUUUGCACGCAUUAGGGGGCGAGCAAAUAUACGGCCGGUUAUUUUGGUCCGAGCGGUGCAUAGCGCGUAGUUUUGCAGGACGGUAAUGCUGACCUGAAUUCGCGGUCGCGUCGAAUCGCCCGAUACGAAGGACGAUUUGGAAUAUAUCGCGGCGGCCCUCGCCGGAUUAAACUUUCGAGCGUGGGAGGGCGCGAAGCAUUUCAUUAAGUCCGCCAUUGUGCCGGGACAAAGACGCGACUCGCGCCGGAAGAGAAGCCGGAAUCUGUUUCGCGAUUGUUUGCCGCGAUGUCGGCGCUUCCUGCUCGCCUAACCUAAAGCCCUGAGCCCUCGCCGUGCCAAAAAUGUAGCCGGAAGAACGGUCUCCCAUCGUCGCAGCCCGUCUCGAUCCGAUCGCCCAUCGAACAGCAUCAUGCCGCGCGACGUUUAGGACCCACCGAAUCAUCCAGGAUGGCAAAAUUCCCCGAGGACUUCGCCGAUAGGUUGCUCGAGCUGCAUAAUCGGUACAGGCAGACUCAUAAUUCUCCGCCGUUGGAAAUUAUCGACGAGCUGAGCGAAUCGGCGCAGAAAUGGGCGGACCGUUUGGCCGAGGAGGGCAUGCUGGUGUACAAAUCGGAUCCCGACUACGGCGAGAACAUAUUCGCGGGGUUCCUUCGGGACUCGCCAGAAAAUGCGAAGCCGGAGGAUCCGAUCGAGCUCUGGUACCGCGAGGGCAGAUACUUCAAGUACGGCGAGGAGACGCCGAAGAACGUCGAGGACGUGCGACGCUUCACGCAACUCGUUUGGAAAGCAACCACUUCGCUGGGAAUCGGCACGGCGAUCGGCGACGACAAGGAAACGUAUAUCGUCUGCUUCUACCAACCACCUGGAAACGUGCCUGAGGAAUUUGCGGCGAACGUUCUGGCACCCGUCGAGGAAGGAGAGGCGGAACUGCUGCCGCGCGAAGCUGAGGAGAUCAGGACCGUCGAUAUUCCGCCGAAGAUAAUAGAGUCGAUGGAGCGUCUGUACGCAGUGCCGUCGGAGAAGCUGCGCGUUUGGUCCGCCUGGCUGACGAAGAUCACCGAGAUGACGGACGAAUGGCAGCAAUGGCUGCGAUCGCACAUUGAUCUAGCAAUAAGGAUCGCGGAGCGGCUGGAGGAGGCGAGGGAGGUCCUCAGGAAGUCCGAGACGGCGGCCAAAGAUAAGCCCGGGGAGACCUUGGACGAAGGGACCAAGGAGAAGAAGGAGGCGGCGUCGCAGUCCGUCGAGGAGGAGCCGGCCGAUCCCGAAGUGGCGAAGUUCUCGUCAAAGACAACUAUAUCCGUAACCACCGUGAAAACUGCGGCCAGCUCGAUCGGUAAGUACUCAAGCGUGUCCGGUGAACCCAGAAGUGAGUCCAGUAAGGCCAGAACCGUGAUCAGUAAGACAGCAUCGAAGCAAACUGUCCAGAAACAGCCGUCUGCAACUGGGACUUCGAAGUCAGAACCUGAAGAGCCCGCCUGGCCCGUGGGAGUGCCAUGGACACCGGAAGAAGAAGAAGAGGAGAAGGAAGUCGAAGAGGACGUGUUGCAAAAGCUGUCGAUGCCGAGGAACGAGGCGGAGAUGAAGGAGUACCUGAAGAAGUUCAAGGACGAGGCGGUGCUUUACAGAUCCUAUUACAAGCACUGGCGGGAGACAGCGGAUCAAACGAUGAGCGAAGUUGGCGGAAGACUCGUGAUGGCAACGUUCCUGGUGCAAGGCAAAAGGGAAGAGGCGUUGAAGAGGAUCGCUAAAACACGGGCGAAGGAUGAAGUUGUUAGACGGCAGAAGGUUAAAGCUGCUAAACGGGCAAGACUAGCUAAAAAACCGUCGGUUAGGUCAACCAAGUCUUCCAAGUCCGCAGCGUCUACGGGAUCCGUGUAUGUCACGCCGCCUGAGUCUCUGUCGCAGGCGGUCGAUGAUCCAGCCGAAGAGAUCGAGCCAGCUAAGACAGUCAAACCAGCUGAGAUAGCCGAGCCAGCUGGAACAGACGAGACACCUGAGAAGCCUGCAGAGUCCGAUAGCGCGGAGAAGCUUAAGUCGCCUGUGUCGUCGAAAAGCGCGGUUUCGAAGGUUCCUACGGAAAAGGAGACCGAGCCCGACGAAGCGUUGCGGGUGGACGAGCUGUUCCGAGACUGUGCUCGAGCUUGCGAGCCGAUACCGUACCACUUCUACCUGCGAUGCGAGCCAGACGUCGAGUUAGCUGGCGUGGAGGACGAGCACGACGAGAUUUUAGAAAUUGAUCUGACCCGUGAAAAGAUGCUCGGCACUCUGAGACGCGUGUGGUACAAUCUAGCGGAGAAGCCGUGCAAAGGCGGGAAGCCCUGGAUCUAGGGAACGCCGGUCCGGAUCUCGUUAAUAAAUAUUCCACACGGCGGUUCCGGGUAAACAAAUUCUGCGGCGAGGACCGGCGGAUCAUCGGGGUACCAUGAAACUUCGUGGGAACGAGAUUGAACGGGAAUGCAGCCGUGAAUAAGGUAUAAGCGGGACAGGUGCAUGGUCGCAUGGUAAUUAAAGCGCAUAGCGAAGUCGCGGAUCCAGGAUACACCUUGACUCGAGCAUCCUCCGGCCGAUUGGGAAUGAAUUUUGCACCUACUUGGAGCUCGUUUUCGAUCUAAUUUCGGCACUGCAAGACGCCGGCUUGUUCAGGAGACUUUGGGCGAACUUGAAGUUAUUUUGUCACGAACUAAGUCAAAUAGAAUUUUACUGUUUUUU